AUGGGGGUCUUCUCAGAAUGUGGCGAUGCGACCUUUUGGUUCGUUAUUCCCAAACGGCGUCGCCAGUCUAGCCGACUGAAUUGGUUUAGGUUGGCAGAAGAAGAGCUGGGAUACGACAGGGAUUCAAGUCCAGAUGGAUACGCCCUGCAGCCAGCAGAUAGCUAUAGUCAUCUACUCCUUGCUACAGUUAAUAUGUCUGAGCCGUUGAUGAAUCACGUUUCGGAAGAUAUAGCCAACAAAGAAUGUCUGACGAGGAGUCGAAAGGACAACACUCUGAUUCUUGCUCCCUGCAUACAAGAAAGAUCGUGGUCUUGGCAAUUCAAUGAUAACGGAAUAUUAUAUUUUGAGAAAAAGAAAAAGAGCAAGAAUCGUGGAACGCCAAAGGGAAAACGACUCCUUGGUAAGCAAAAAAUAUUGGAGUGCGUUGGGAAAAAUUCAACUGAUGCAGUAAUAUUCCCCUGCAACGGGAGAGCAUCUAGCACUUCAAAGAACGGUACAAGGGCUGUUAAAAUUGUUGUCGUUCAACAAGUUAAAGCCUUGUCAAGUGGUUCCAGGUCUUUUGGAAUGAACGGUGUUAGUGACGACGAAAUACCUGCAGAACACACUGUUGUGGACGAUGUGAAUGAAACGGACGUGACGCCCCCCAUACAUUAUCCUCCAUCCUAUGUUGAUAUUGCUCAUAUCCAUGCAUCAGGUGCAGCAGUCCACGCUCAAUUGAACGCCGGUGCUUCACGGUUGGCGUCGCUCUCCCGUCCAAAGGAACCCGCUACCGAAGCAACACAAGAACGUUUUCCGCUGCAAUUCCUUGUCGAUACAAACCCAAUCCUCCUUGCCAACACGGAAUCGUCGGCGCAAAGCCGGCAAAGAACCGACAGAAUAAAGAUUGAAAUGAAGAUCCCGAAUGCAGGCACCACGCUACCUAAGAUGCAAAUGAACCCAUACGUUGCAAAUUCCAAGGACAACCUCUGGACGGAUCCAAAAACCGGGCUGGUCUAUCACACUGAUCUUUGCAACUAUCUUGGAUACAAUCGAAAAGAAGCUGGUCGGCAUACGCUGACUGGUGUUGGGCAGUAUAUGAAAACUGCUUUCAAUAUCAAGGUAUAUGGCGUAGCUCUCUACGUGUCAAAACGAGACGUGCUUGCUGAUCCGGCGAUGGUACCCUUUGCCGGCCUCACAUCGGAAGAACUACGGGAGAGUGAUGAUUUUUAUUCAACCCUUCGACACAUGAUAUCCCAACCUGAUUCAAACGGCUUCGAUAGAACGCUAUUCAUAAAGACAAAUAUGCAGCUUGGUCUGGAUACGAUGCAAAAUAGUCUACAAGCUGAUUGGAAGCUCCUCACGUCGGAGGCCAAAGAUACUCUAAUCGGGUGUAGUAUGAAACCACGGCCCGCAUCAGAUAGAAUGCUGUCAAUAAUCGAGUCGGCGGACAACCCAAGCAAGUGCUCUUGCGCCCAAAAUGCCCCUGAAUCGUAUGCUGCUGAUCCAUCUUGUUGUGCAAGAGGGACCGAGUUGGUGUUUACAUGGGUCAAAGAUGGGCAUUUGGAGAUUCGUUUGAAUGGUGAUCUGAUGGAUAGAUUCCAUAGACCCGAUAUUGCUGCUGGAAUAUUCUUCGAAUACCUACGGCUCGAUGACCCCAUGUCACACGAUUUCCUUGACCAUGUACCCGAUGGCUUUCCAUCUUUGCUCGCUCCUUUGUCGCAAGUCAGAGGUGUGGGCACCCCACGUCUCAAGAAACCAGCUUCGAACUUCAAGAGGACGCAGGCAAGUCACAAAGUUGCCAAGCUUUUUGGGGGUAUCGGAGAUGCAAUUGCAUCACAAGCUUCGCAUAUUGCUGGACUUGUACAUAAUGGGGCACACGAACUGACAAACAAUGCCGUAAAUACAAUGCGAUCGGUUGGGGGUGCAGCUCGUAACUUAGGCGACGAAAUGGACCGACGUCGUGACUUGAUUGGCAAGCACCUUUCCGGUUUUGCAUCUUCGUUUUAUUCCCGUGGGCAAAAAGCACUUGUUCCAUCACUUCCAAAAUCCAUCGGCAACAUGAGCAACGUGAUGAUACCAAAUGAAGUACUACUAGAAGAAGAAGAAGACAACGGCAGCAGUGGAAUCCUCAGAAACUUGAUUCUAUUUCUCACAAAGACGCCGACUUCGACAGAAUUGGAUGAAAUCGCUCCUAUGAUGCGGGUAACCUCGAAUUCGUCACAGCAAUACUUCACUGGUAUGGUUCAUUUCUAUUUGCUUCUUCUUCUGAUUGUCAGCUUUCCCGCUAACUUGACGACGAAGACGAAAUUGGUAGUAGUCCGAAAGCCAGUUCAGCAAUUUGAAACUGCAGUUCAUGAAUACAAAGGGAAAAACAGCCAUGGACUGAAGAUGGGAAACCAUUAUAAUCGAUAG